CUAGGGAGGUGCACAAGCUACCCCAACUACUAUUGCUUCUCUCAUUUGAUCCAAGAGCAAAGAUGAACAGCUCCCUGGCUACUCUCGCCAUCUUCCUGGUUGCUGCUAUGUUCUUAUCCCAAGCUCAGGCUCAGUUUGAAUCCAUUCUUUCAGUCUGUUGUUUUGACUACGUAAAGCGGCCUCUUCCAGAGAAGAUCCUGAAGUCCUUUGAAGAAACAGAAGGAAGGUGUUCCAGGCCAGCUGUCAUAUUUAUUACACAUAAGAAUCGUCGGAUAUGUGCAGAUCCCAGUGAACAAUGGGUCCAAGAUCGUAUACAAUAUUUGUCCCAAAAGUGACAACCUCCCAGCUCCUUCA